UCCCAGUGAUAAGGAGAUAGCAAUGGUAGCUGAGGCUCUUGUGUUAAAAUAUCCUUGCUUGAAGGAAGCAGGAUCUGAAACUGGCUGGAAUGGAUGGAAGAACAGCCUAAAGUUUAAGAUGGGCAACUAUAGGAGCAAGAUGAGAAGGGCUGGAUGUUCAGAGAUCACAGUGAAUGCUGGAAAAAGAAGUAGAAUGAAUCCUGACAAUGAAUCUUCACAUUCAAAUAUUAAAAGACCCAAACGAGCGGAGGUAAACUUUCUGCCCAACUUUCCCCAAGGAGAAAAUCCCUCAACCCUUGAACAGCUGAGGCAGAAAGUUGUUGAUGAAAUGAAGAAAGCUGAGAAGAACUUGCCGCUUAUAAAAAAGAUGAUGCAAACCACAUUUGCCCUGCGGCGACAAACCAUAGUAAAGACAUGCCCACCAGUGAAAGAGCUCAUGGAACUCUGGCCUGCACUCAAAAUGGAAUCUGAGGUGUAUGCAGAGUUCCAACGGAUUACAAACCAGAACCUGCCCAACACAUUCUACUCUGAGCUUGACCGACAUCUUCCUAGACUGAUGACCCUGUUCAGACAGAAGGCAAGCAGAACCGGGAAGACGUCAGACGCUUUGACUGAAAUCCUGAAAAUCCAUGAUGAACAGGAGGUUCAUGACAUACACACCAAGCGUGUUACUGUUCUUCAUGCCCUUCCUGUGUAUCUACGUGAGGACGUCUCUGAGUUUUUCAAGACCUGCACAGACACAUCUGAUGAGCCUGACCUUUUAGAUGUUUCAGUAGCCCUCCUCACAGUCGUCAAAGAUAAUGACACAGGUCCAGUUCACUUCCAGCCUGUGAAAAUCUCUGUUGUCAUUGAAAGCGAGAUUGUGGGCAACCUCCCCAGAUUUGCUGAUGCCGUCCUGGUAAUGUUUGGACUGAUCUAUGCACUACACCUCAGCUAUCCCAGGGGACUGACCAACACUUUUGAAUUCAUUCAGAAGAUUUUACUUGGUCUUGACGAUGGUAAACUGUCACCCAAGUUACAGAGUCUCAAAAAUGACUUGAUGCGCAUGUAGACAUUUAUCAGAAUAAUUACUAAGGCCUGGCAGUUCCUUUGUAGUUCAAUGUAGAUUAUUUCUGUGAAAAUAAUGGUUAAAAUGUUUCUGCACCAGUUGUUUUCCCACAAUAUGCACAGUGUGCCUUUUGUAUUAAUGUUAUUUGGCAUUAAUACAACUCUUGUUCUUGAAAGUUAAGUACUGGGUAGUACUUGAUAAUUGUAUGUGUAUUUUAGUUGUAAAUGGUACAUGUUAAGUUUCAGGCAGGUUCAUAAAUUUGUAAUUUUAGAGGUGCUAUUUUAAUCUGGUGUUCAGGUUUUAGCCUAGUGCAUCUCUGAAUUGUUUUAUGCUUCUGUCUUAAAUUAACACUGCAGUGUUAAAUAGAAGAGGGCAAGAAUUCAGUGUAACUCACUGUAACUUAAACUUUACUUUGUUUGUACUCAAAAUAUUUGAGGCAAUGAGUUGCCACAAAAAUUUUAAGUUUUGAAACAUGCGAUUUUGAGUCUUGUGUGUGAAAGCUUUUGAGUUACUUGUACUUGUAAAACAAAUGACAAAGACUAAUAAAUAUUGAGUUGAUGCUACUUAAAAAUG